CUUCUUGCUUCUGUCUUCUCCUUCUAUCAUAUUCUAUGCUCAUUGGCCAUGACCCAAACCAUGUCUGGCCCAAAUGAUUGGCUUCAAUUCUACAAUCAACAUCCCGUACCAUCGAUCCCUGACUUCACUGUUACCACCACCACCACCACUCCAGCCACCGUUCCAACAAGUUCUGACUUCCCAAAUACCAGUCCAUCAACUUCAACCCAUUUAGGUCCAGAAGGACGCGUGGGAAAACCUACGCGCCGUCGCUCUCGGGCCUCACGGCGAACUCCGACCACCUUGCUCAAUACAGACACCACAAAUUUCCGAGCCAUGGUUCAACAAUUCACUGGAGGCCCGAAUGCACCCUUUGCAGCAAGCCCAUCAGCAGCACCUCAGGUGCUGCCGAACCUCUUGGGCUUUGGGUUCCCCUCACGCCCUAUCCCUUCUCUAAGCCCAACACCCCUUGUUAUGUCAUCAUCACCCCCUCUAAGCUACCACCAUCUUCAUCAACAAGGUCAACAUCACCAACAACAAGAAAACAUGUUUCAGCACCAAAACCAACACUACAAUCUGUACAGUGAUGGUGGCUCACAAGGUGAAGACCACAACAGCAACAGCAACAUGUUUUUUCAGAGGCUAAGUAACAACCCAGUGAGUCCUCCAGCAAGCAAUCGUGACGGGCUGGUGAAUUUGGAUCAGGGGCGCUUCUUCCCAAACAGUUCUUCUUGAUUGAUUUAAGUGCGUAUUUGAUUCACUCGAUAGAUGCAGAUCCUUAGUUUGGAGUGAAAUUGAAAUCACAUAUUCAAGAUUUCCAAACAUGCACCACAGAAAAACACAGAAGAAGGAAAUUGAGCACACCCUUCUGAGUUGUGAGGUCAAGUUCUUGUUCCGUGGGAACACGGGUAGCAGGUUUUCUCUUUGAUCCGCAUGCUAAGGCUUGAAAGAGACAUAAAGCAGACGGUUAGGUGCUAACUUGGCCAGAAUUGUUGACCCACCUAUGUAAAAUAUAAAAUAUUAUCAUAUAGUACACUCUCAUUUAGCUUUUUUCUUUCUUUUAUUGUUAUGAUAAUAUUACUAUUAUCUUAUU